AUGGGACAUCCAGCUGUCGCUCCUCGUCGACUGCCUACUGUUCUACUAGGCGGACUAUUACCGGUAGCAGGGUGGUUCAUACUACGACCAUUCUUGGAUCCUGUUCCUCCUCUUCCUGGACUAUAUACGUCCUUCGGAUUCUCAAUUUUGGCGUUUUUGGCGGUGCUGUAUCUGGUUCCCGCCGUUAAGUCAAAUUUUGUCAAGGCAAACCUAUAUGGAAAGGACCUGCUGAAGAUAUACGACGAUCUUAUUCCUGAAAGUCAAGGCGUUGUCUGUGCCGCCGUCUAUAUCUUGACACUCGUCUGCUUCAUCCCGUUCGCCUUUUCCGACGCGUUCGUCUCUACGAAGACUAAGCCCGAAGGAAUCUCUAUCAAUGAAUUCCCACUUUACCGACUUUCCGUCUAUCUCUCAUCGAUUUUGUCGAUUUUAAUCGCCGCUAUACUUGGAUUUCUCGAUGAUGUUUUCGACAUCCGUUGGCGACACAAACUACCUAUACCCAUAAUCGCAUCAAUACCCCUCUUAAUGGUAUACUUCGCGGAGCGUGGAAAUACGAAUGUCGUGGUACCUCUUCCUUUGCGGUUCAUGUUAGGCUCUCUGGUGAACCUAGGCCCUCUUUACUAUGUAUAUAUAUCACUCUUGUCUACGUUUUCUACCAACGGAAUCAACAUCCUUGCCGGCAUCAAUGCGUCGGAGGUCGGCCAGGCGUUGAUCAUCGCGCUGUCUGUCAUAGUCAACGACUUGUUGUACCUUCCGUUCCCGAUAGAUUUCCGAAUACCGGUCCAUCUUCUUGGGAGCCAGAUGGAAGUCGAGGUCGGCGGGGUUUGGAGUGCAGGGAUGUCUUAUGGAAGUCGGGAACUGGUCGAAAGGCAUCUCUUCAGCUUGUAUUUCAUGAUGCCUCUCGUGGCUGUAUGCUUAGGGUUCAUAUAUCACAAUUGGUAUCCCGCCCGUGCAUUCCCGGGAGACACGCUGUGCUAUUUCACCGGAAUGACAUUUGCCGUCGUCGGCAUACAGGCGCAUUAUUCAAAAACACUACUUUUAUUCUUCCUACCUCAGGUUUUCAACUUUCUCCUCUCGUGCCCACAGCUGUUUGGAUUAGUGCCUUGCCCGCGACACAGAAUACCAAGAUUCGACCGUGAUACGAAUUUAUUACAUCCGUCCAAGGCGAAGUUUAUUACCCCACCGUCAGGGUUAACGACAUUUGUUAUACGGGUUUUCUCUGCGCUCGGCCUCGUUAAAAUGACGACUGAUCCAAAGACCGGGUCAAUACUAGAGGUGACGAAUCUGACUAUUUUGAACUUUUUUCUCGUUCGACUCGGACCUAUGACCGAGAAACGACUUGUUCAAGUAUUGAUGUGUUCACAGUUUGCUGGGAGUAUCUUGGCUUUCGUUGUGCGCUAUGGGCUAGCGAGUAUAGUUUACGACGGGGACAGAAGGUGA